CCUCAAUCUUAACGUCCGGAAAAACCAAAGGAGUGACCAUUGUAGUGUCUCCCUUGCUAAGCCUGAUGGAAGACCAAGUCAACCACCUCAAGAAGCUCGAUAUUCAAGCUUCCUUAAUAAACGGAGACUCGUCUCCGGAGGAGAAAAGAGUCAUCACGACCGCGCUUCGGGACCCGAAUGUUGAGCGAUACAUUCAAUGCCUUUACGUCACGCCAGAAAUGCUGAGCAAGAACCAGUCUAUGAUCAACAACUUCUCUGACCUACAUAGACGAGGCCGUCUUGCGCGGAUAGUCAUCGACGAAGCUCACUGUGUCAGUCAAUGGGGUCACGACUUCCGGCCUGACUACAAAGCUCUUGGAGAAGUGCGACGGCAAUUUACGGGCGUGCCUGUUAUGGCAUUGACUGCGACUGCUACGCAAAUGGUCAAGAAAGACGUCAUGUUCAAUUUAGGUAUCGAGGGAUGCGCAGUCUUCACACAAAGCUUCAAUCGACCUAAUCUUACCUACGAGAUUCGGAAAAAGGGCAAAGAUGUAAUUGGCGACAUGGCCAAUACAAUCAAGGGGAAGUACAAAAACAUGUCUGGGAUUGUUUACUGUCUUUCUCGGAAAAGUUGCGAGGAGAACGCAAAGAAACUCCGUGAAAUCCACGGCAUUUCAGCACACCAUUAUCAUGCUGGGUUGGAGCCUAAAACUAAGUCAGAGGUGCAAAGGCAAUGGCAACAAGGGGUCUACCACGUCAUUGUUGCUACCAUCGCGUUUGGAAUGGGUAUUGAUAAGCCAGAUGUGCGGUUCGUGAUGCAUCACAGCAUACCAAAGAGCUUGGAAGGCUAUUAUCAGGAGACUGGACGUGCGGGCCGUGAUGGGAAGCUAUCUGGUUGUUACCUGUACUAUGGGUACGGGGACACGAGGUCGCUGAAACGAAUGAUUGACGAUGGUGAUGGCGUCUGGGAACAAAAGGAACGACAACGAGCGAUGCUUCGCAACGUCGUUCAGUUCUGCGAAAAUCGAAGCGACUGCCGCCGAGUACAGAUUCUGAAAUAUUUCAGCGAAUCGUUCCGUCGUGAGGACUGUAACAAUACCUGCGACAACUGCAUGUCGAAUGCUACUUUCGAGACUAGGGACGUCACCGAGUACGCAGCCGCUGCGAUAAAAUUGGUGGGCAAGAUUCAAAAACAUAAGGUAACGCUCUUGCAUUGUGUUGAUGUAUUACGUGGUGCGAAAGGCAAGAAAAUUGGCGCAUACAGCCAACUGCAAGAGUUUGGUGUGGGUGCAGACCUGGAGCGUGGAGAUGUUGAGCGUUUGUUCCAACAUCUUAUAGACGAAGAGGCUCUUCAGGAGGAAAGCGUCAUCAAUAAAAUGAAAUUCGCGACUAAUUAUAUUGAACUUGGGCCAAGAAGUGACGAGUACGUCAGACGUAGGAAACCUCUGAGCCUGCAGGUUCGCCUUUCACCAGAUGCGAAGCCGAAAGCUGCCAGACCUACAGCAAAGAGGAAUGGGAAGCAAGCACGGACGGGCGUAGCGGCCGCUCGAGCAGACUAUCCCUCAACCAAUCUGUCUUCUCCCGUCGCGGCUGCUACUAAAAGGCGCAAUCGCCGUAUCGUUGAGGAGGACGAAAACAGUCAGGAAGAUGAAGAUCCCGACAGUGAGGACGACCAAUUUGUGGUUGCUGACGACUUCUUCGAAUUUUCUGACGAAGACAACGAGUUGAAAUCGGCGCCGAAGGCUAAAAAGCCGCCACGUACCAAACGACGAGAUCCUGGACCUCCCAUCACCAUUGACGAAAAAAUUGCCAACUUGGACCCGUUGCAACAGAGUGUAUUGGAGAACUUCAUGGAAGAAGCCAAGAGAAAGGCCAAGAAAAUCAUGGUCCUCAGGAGCCUUCGUAGCCAGCCAUUCUCAGACACUAUUCUCCGCGAGAUUGGCAUUUCGCUUCCGACUACCCAAGAAGAACUCUUCCAGAUUCCAGGCAUCAACGCAGACAUGGUUCGAUUGCACGGCAAAGUCUUUCUAGACCUGGCCAAACGGACAAAGGAAAUCUUCCUGCCUCAGGAUCCGAACCAUCAGAUUGUCAAUUUGAUUAGCAGCGAUGAGGAGAGUGAUGCUCCAGAGGAGUACUCUGCCAGUUCUGAAGGGGAAGAGGACGACGAGCCUCUGCAACGUAGCUCUUACUUCCCGCCUCCCGACGUUGCCGCUUUCAAUAAGCGAUUGUCUCAAGCUGCGGGAGUUCCACCGCAGCCGGCAAGACCUCAGACUUCGACUGGUGGCCGAUCAGGAGGAUACCGAAGUGGAUCGAAGAGCAAGGCUUCUUCUUCGAAGUCGGCCUGGCCGAAGAGUGGUAAUAGGUCAUCCGGAGGUAGCAAAGGUCGACACUCAGGCGGCGGCGUCUCUAAGAGCAAGAAGGCUCCUAAAGGAAGGACAGGCGGUGGGAACACGUUUCAACGUAGCGGCGGUGGCGGCGGCGGCGGAGGAGCAUUUGGGGGCAUCGGCAUGAUGCCGACGUGAUCUUUGUUGCUAUUAAUGGCUUUACGAUUGACGCAUGGGCGGCGCUGGGGCUUUACGCAUUACGAUCAUCUGUGUAACAUUGCGACAAGCAAGCACGGAAGUAGUCUUUAUAUCAUAGAUCAUCCUGAUAUUUCAAACUUGG